AUGUCGCCUAUCUUAAUUGUAAUAUUACUUUUGAUCAUAGGAUAUAAGUUUUACAAAUUUAUCACGUGUGUACCACCAAAUUCACCGCCAUGCAUACCACGUAUUCCAUUCGCAGGAUCAUAUUGGCAUUUACUAUGGGGCAAUUACCAAUAUCCUCAUAAAACAAUUCGUUAUUACGCAGACAAGUUGAAAUCAAAAGUUUUAACAUGUUACUUAGGCCCUUUUUAUUGCGUUGUCGCGAACGACUAUAAGAGUAUUAAAGAAAUCUACGUGAAAGAAGAAUUUAGCGGCAGGCUAACCGAGGUGGACAUUCUAAAGGCGAGAGCUUUUGGAAAGACACUUGGCAUCUUCUUCACUGAGGGUUUAUUUUGGCAACAGCAAAGACGAUUCGCGCUUCGCAACACGAGGGAUUUUGGAUUCGGCAGACGACAAGACAAAUACGAGAGAGACAUGAUGGAAGAAGUUAAACUACUCAUCGAUAUGUUGAAGGAUGGCCCCAUUAACGACCAUGAAAAGACAUUUUUGAAGAAGGGUCAAGCUUACUUCCCGGACAUCUUGUUCCCGUACUCUGCGAACAGUAUAUGGAACAUAAUGUUUGGUGACAGAUUUGAUCGUUGCGAACAUCAUAAAACGAGAUUUCUUUGCGAAAGUGCUAUGCUUUUCCAACGAGCGGGCGACACUAGCGGAGGGGCAAUUUUCCAGCGGCCAUUCUUGAAGUAUUUCGGGAAUAUGUUUGGGUAUACUGACAUCCUGAAAAACCAUUAUCGUAUGGUGGACUUCAUCAAGGAAUAUGUAGAAAUGGAGAAAGACUCGCAUUCUAUCGACAGGGACAGGGGGAUGGUAGACAGAUACCUAACGGAAAUGAAGCAACGAAGUGAGAUGUCUAACUUUACGGAUGAACAACUUAUUAUGACGUUAGUGGAUUUCAUGUUUCCAUCAUUGUCAGCGAUGCCAAGUGCCAUUGUGCACUGUUUAAAAUCGGUGAUGCACAAUUCGAAAGUAACGAAGAAAAUACAGGAUGAAAUAGACAGAGUGGUCGGGACCGGAAGACUCGUGAAUUGGGAUGAUAGGAAGAAUUUACCAUAUACCGAAGCAACCAUACGAGAGUCUUUCCGAUACGAAACACUGACACCAUUUGGUAUACUUCAUAAGUCGUUGAGAGAUGGAACCCUUUGCGGUUAUAACAUUCCCAAGAAUACGGUACUAAUCGCGAAUUUGAGUGGAAUGCAUAGCGAUCCAGAUCUAUGGGGCGAUCCUGAGAAUUUCAGACCGGAAAGAUUUCUCAAAGAAGACGGCGGAUUGGGCAAAGAUUUCACGUUUCCAUUUGGAUUUGGGCAACGCGUAUGCGCCGGUGAAACGUUCGCAAGAUACAAUAUUUUCGAAGCGUUUGCUGCAUUAAUGCAGAACUUCAAUUUCUCGUUCGUUGAGGGAGAACCUACGGGACUAGACGACAAGUUACCCGGUUUGAUCGUCACCCCCAAGGAAACGUGGAUUCGAUUUGAACCACGUCGUUAG